AUGAGGUUGGCAUGGCAAAAACCAUGUUGCAUGAGGCGAUUAGAUAAUGUUUUACUAAAGGCUCCUAUUACCGGCAUGGACAAAGUUAUAUGCGUCGCACUGAAUUAUAAGGACCAUUGUGAAGAGCAUAAACUUCCACCACCACCAGUGCCUAUGGUCUUCAGCAAAUUUGCCAGCACAAUCAUCGGUCCAAGCGAACCUUUGCUGAUAAGGACUGAUGUUACAUGCAAAGUGGAUUGGGAAGUAGAAUUAUGCAUAGUGAUGGGCAAGAAAGCGUCAUGUGUGAAUAAAUGUCGAGCUUAUGAGUAUAUAUUCGGCUGUACCAUAGCCAAUGACGUCACCGCCAGGGACUGGCAGAAAGAAAAAAAUGGAGGACAGUUCUUGCUUGGCAAGUCGAUGGAUACAUUCUGCCCUUUAGGGCCUUGGAUAGUAACUUUGGACGAAUUCGCUAAUAUCGACAAUUUAGACGUAAAGUUCAGUUUAAACGGUGUGACCAAACAGAACAGUAACACUAGUCAGUUAAUACAUAAAAUCCCCGCAAUAAUCGAGAGAAUAACACAAGUAAUGACUCUCUUACCUGGAGAUUUAAUUUUAACCGGUUCUCCAAGUGGAGUAGGCAUAUAUGCCGAUCCCCCAGAGUUUAUGAAGCCGGGUGACAUUCUACGAGGUGAGAUUGAGAAUAUUGGAGUCCUUGUAACUAGAGUUGAACGGUACAUAAAACCCGUCGAUUAUCCCCAAUGA